CCGCGCGGCCGCGGGGAGGGACAAGAGGGCCUGACGUACAGGUGAGUGCGCCUCUGCUGGCGCGCUGCGCCGGGCCCCCUGCCCGCGCCCCCUGUCACUUCGCCCCUCCGCCCCGCCCACGCUCCCGCCGGGUCUCCCUGUGAGUGUCCCGUGUCCUGCCAGCCUCGGGACGCCUCGCGAGCCCAGGGCUGCGCAGGGGCUGUGGUAAUUGAGCGCGGCGAAGCCUUCCGUUCCUGCGUCCGGUCGCUCCUGCUGGCUCCGAAUGCAGACUGCGAACCCGGGGACGCAGCUGUCCAUUUCCUUUGACCUUGGGGACCCAGGAAGGUGCACUGCCCGCGGGGGCGGGGAGGGAGCCAGAGGAACCCGACCUUGUCUCAGCCCACAGCCUCCGAGGUCUCCAACUAAAGGGAAGGAUCUUUAGCUGCAUUAGACUUCCAAGCAUUUAGACCAGUUUCUCCAUCUUACGGAGCGGUGAACGGGCUCAGGAAUGUGGAGCGUUUCCUGGCGUCAAGCAGGUCAAAGUCAGCGCUGCUUUUUUUACAGACACUGCUUUUCUUACAGUCUUCGGUUAGUUCAGAUUGUAUACCUCUCCUGAAGAUGUCACCCAAAACCUCCUAUGAGCUUCUGCCAUGAUCAUCUCUCCACUCACCCCACGCCAAGGCCAAAGAGAUCUUUUAAAAUGAACUUUAUCAGACUAUAAACUCUACAAGAAUAGGAAUCUUCAUAUUUUUUUCCUCUGCUGAAUUCCUAGUGCCCAGAUUAGUGCUUGGCACAUGAUUAUAAGCACCAUGGCUAUGGCUAGUGUUAAAUUGAUUGCCGGUGUUUUAAGAAAGCCAGAUGCCUGGAUUGGACUCUGGGGUGUUCUCCGAGGGACACCUUCGUCAUACAAACUCUGUACUUCCUGGAAUCGAUACGUGUAUUUUUCUAGUACCAAGUUAUGUGCACCAAAUUAUAAAACACUUUUUUAUAAUAUUUUCUCACUGAGACUCCCAGGGCUUUUACUAUCUCCAGAAUAUAUUUUUCCUUUUUCCAUAAGACUCAAAAGUAAUAUAAGGUCUACAAAAUCUACUAAAAAGUCUCUGCAAAAAGUAGAUGAAGAGGACUCUGAUGAAGAAAGCGAUUAUGACGAGAUGAGUGAGCAGGAAGAGGAGCUUGAGGAUGACCCUACUGUAGUCAAAAACUAUAAAGACCUGGAAAAAGCAGUGCAGUCUUUUCGGUAUGAUGUUAUCCUGAAGACGGGGCUAGAUAUUGGGAGAAACAAAGUGGAGGAUGCCUUCUACAAAGGUGAACUCAGGCUGAAUGAGGAAAAAUUAUGGAAGAAAAGCAGAACGGUGAAAGUGGGAGAUACAUUGGAUCUUCUCAUUGGAGAGGAUAAAGAAGCAGGAACAGAGACAGUUAUGCGGAUUCUCUUGAAAAAAGUGUUUGAAGAGAAGACUGAAAGUGAAAAAUACAGAGUGGUGUUACGGCGGUGGAAAAGUUUAAAGUUGCCUAAGAAGAGAAUGUCUAAAUAAAUGGAUUGCUUUUUAGCAAUAAAGCUGCUUUCUAGUGGUAAAGGAAGGGGUCACCUGAAAAAUAGGACAUUUUUAUUAAAAUAAAGUUGUCUUAGCAUUUGUGGAA